AUGGCGGAAUUUGUAAUACGUGCAGGAAAAGAGAUUUUAGGAGAAACUAGUGGAAAGAUCUGGAAAGAUAAAGAAACCUGGUGGUUCAAUGCUGAAGUACAGCGGGCAAUAACAGAGAAGAAAGAGGCUAAGAAGAAAUGGGAAAUCUCCCCAGCCGAGAGAGAUAAAGAAGAAUAUAAGACCAAAAUUAAAGAGGCAAAGAGAGCAGUGGCAAUAGCUAAGAGAAAGGUCUUCCAACUGGCGAAGACAAGGGAUAAAAGCACAAAAGAUAUCGUACACAUUAAGCAAAUGAAAGAUGAGAAUGGAAAUUUAAUCAGCACAGAACAAGGAAACAUCAAGAGAUGGGAACAGUAUUUCUCUAAAUUACUGAACGAGGGAAAUGAACGGCUGAUCAGAGGUGAUGGAGAUGCUAACCAGGGUGCAGUCUUGGAAAUAUCAAGGAUAGAGGUGCAACAGGCGCUGAAGAAGAUGAAAAACGGGAAAGCCACGAGACCAGACGGCAUCCCCAUAGAAGCCUGGAAAGCGAUGGGAGAGGAAGGCAUUGUCGUGUUAAGGAUGCUGAUGGGGAAGGUGAUGGAGGAGGAGAAUAUCCCGACAGUCCGAUGCACAGUAGGAAUGACAGAUAAGUCUGAGGUUAAGGUUGGCUUGCACCAAGGCUCGGCCCUCAGUCCAAUACUGUUCAAUCUGGUUAUGGAUGUGAUGACAGAGGAAGUGCGUGAAAAGCCACCAUGGUGCAUACUGUAUGCCAAUGACAUCGUGUUGGUGGGCGGACACGAAGCAGAAGCUAUAGAGGAAGAUGGAAGGAUGGAGAACUGCAUUGGAGAGUAG